UCACGGAUAACACCAAAAAGGAAGAUCAGCGUAGUAGUAUGGUGUUAUAUUAUUUGAGAUAAUAAUAUUAUAUUAAAGAAGUUAAGUAAUUUCUUCUACGUUAUUUCAGUAGUGUUUUCGGCACGGGGGCGGGCACUUACUAUCCAAUCCAAUCCAAUCGUAGGUAAACUGCAAACAUGGUGCGUAAUGACGGGCUUGACAAUUUAGCGCCUUCUACGUACGAACGGGCAAAAGAUCGAGAAACGACAGCGGAAGAAUUAGACGACAGCAUCGAAGAUGAAAUCGACGCACGAGAAAUAUUUGAUCACCUUAGGUCGAUCAAUGACCCUGAACACCCUCUCACGUUGGAAGAACUCAACGUGAUCGACAAGAACCACAUAACGGUGGACCCUGAGCAGAUGAUGAUCCGGGUGGACUUCCGGCCCACCAUCCCACACUGCAGCAUGGCCACCCUCAUCGGCCUGGCCAUCAGGGUGCAACUUCUGCGGCGCUUGCCACCCACCUUCAAGGUGGACGUCCGGAUCCUGCCUGGCACCCACGUCUCGGAAGUGGCCAUUAACAAGCAGCUGGAUGACAAGGAGAGGGUCGCCGCGGCUCUGGAGAACUCGCACCUGCUGCAGGUCGUCAACAGGUGUCUUGUGCCACGCUGAGCUCUAGCAAAACACGUCGCGCAGUAUUGGGUGGACAGUCUGUGCGAUUCUGGCUCCUAUGAUUUCAUUUUCGCUGCUCGUCAGGAUGUGUUGCUGUUGUGCUGUGUAAUAAACUUGCCGAUACACCUUGUAUACUAGGAGCCCCAAGAGCCCAGUCUAUCUUCUUUGGCAAGGGUUGCCAGAUGGCCAUAUGCAAAGAGCCAGAAAAAAAGAACAACUUUAAAUCAAGAGCCGGUUUUUUAUUCUUAUUUAUUUCCUGUCAAUUGGUGGCCACGGAAAAUUCCACUCAUAAAGUGAUUGCUCAUUAUGUUUUUGUAAUGCGUCCCCACUCGUGAAAUGAGCGCCUUGAAGUUCAGCUCCAGUGAUGUCGUUGCAGUCCUGGGCAGUGAGCAGCUUAGUUAGAUGUUUGUCUGCCAGGGCCGUACGUUGUCUUUUUCUGCCUUCAUUGUUGCAAAGAGUGGCUUACAGCAGUGCAAUGAUCCUAAUAUCGACACGUGUUCCUGGGAACCACUUGCUGCACUUGGACCCGCAAAGAGCCGCAAUUUACCACCCCUGUUCUACGGGAAAGUUUUAAAGUUGAAUAAAUUAAAUGGGGACAUGAAAUUAUGUGUGGUUGGACACUGGGAGCCGUACAACCGACACCAGAUCACGUGACUGCUCGUUAGCACUGCUCGGUGUUCUCCAGUUUCUUCUGCAACUGUUUGUGUGUGGAGAGGAAAGCUAACUCAGAAACGUCAGUUUUAUUCGUAAUAAAGCUAGCUAAACUAAAAGCA